UUAAAUACAUCCCUAACAAGGGUUCUUAUAAUAUGGUGUUCAUCAUACUAAGUUUCAUUGCGAGAGCUUUAGAAUCUUUGGGUUGUGGUACAAUCAGUACCGCAGUUAUGAUAUUUUUCGCCACUGAAUUCCCAGAUGAUGUUAGUUGUUUAUUUGGUUUUCGUUUGACUGCAACUGGGUUUGGCUUCGCAACUAGCCCCCUAUUUGGAGGAAUGCUUUAUGAUCUUGGCGGAUUCGAUUUACCUUAUCUGAUAUAUGGUACACAGCUUGCCAUUUGUUUACCAUGCGAUAUAUACCUUCUAAGGAGCUCGAGUAUGGUUCUAUAGCGAUGCAGAAAUUCACAGGUGCAGAAGAUAGUAAACAGUGAAAAUAACUGGGUAACGGAAAUUAUAUUUCUUGAUACGACGG